UUAUUUAAGAGAACAGCUUGCAGCUGAAAUUUUUCAAAAUUUGAUUAGAGGGAAACAUUUUAACCUAAAUGAACUGUUAUAUUUUGCAAAAAGAGAACUCGAAUUCACUGGUUCACGAAGUUUAUUAUAUACAGUAAUUCGAGACAUGGGUUUCAAAUUUAAAAAAAUUAAUAGUCGAAAAAUUUUAAUGGAAAGAAAUCAUGUGAUUACAGCUAAAGUAAAAUUUUUGAUGCGCUAUCUACAGUUAAAAUAUUCGGGGGAAGAUAUAAAUUUUAUAUUUUUGGACGAAACUUGGAUAUAUAAGAAUGGUUCUGAAUUACGUAGGUGGGUAAAAGACGAUGAUAAACGUUCGGUUAACAUUAAAAUAAAAAGUGAAGGAGACAGGUUUACUGUACUACAUGCAGGUUACAGAGGUGGCUUUUUAGAAAAUUGCUUAUUAGUUUUUAAUAGUAAGAAUACUGAUAAAGAUUAUCACAAGACGAUGAAUUUCCAAAUCUUUUAUAAUUGGGUCAAUAAAAAUCUAAUUCCAGCAGUACAAAAUUUAUCUGGCAAAAAUGUUGUGAUAAUGGAUAAUGCGCCCUAUCAUUCAGUCCUCAAAGAAAAAACACCCACACGAUCAUCAAAGAAAAGUGUUUUAAUACAAUUUUUAAUUGAACAUAAUGUAAAUGUUAAUGAACGCGAAACAAAAGCUCAACUUUGGGAAAAGAUCGUGCCAUUUUUGCAGCAAAAUAAAAAAAGGUAUGUCGUCGAUGAUCUUCUUCUGCAGCAUAAUAUUGAAGUGUUGAGACUUGCUCCGUAUCAUUGUCAACAUAAUGCAAUAGAUCUAGUUUGGGCCUAUUGCAAGACUUAUUACAAUAAGCAUAUCAACGAUGUCCUUCCACGAGAAAAAUCGUGUGACUAA